AGAAUUAAUUGUCUUUUAUUUUUCCAGGAACCUAAAGAACGUAGUGGUGGUUAAUCUGUGACAUGAAAUCAUUAACAUACCUUCUUAGGUCUCAGCAGAAUAUGGAAUGACUUGGGCAUGGGGGCAAAUUUGGAUCAAUAUCUAUGACACACUAAAGUGUUUUAUGAAUCAUUGCAUAUUAGAAUGGCUGAUAUCAUACAAAUGAACAGCUGAAUCUCCACAUGUCUUAAUGAUUCAUCUUUUUAUAUGUGACAUGCACAAGGUCUUUAGGGAGAAUAUUAGGAUCAACUCAGCCCCUGAAAACUGGGUCUUUAGGGAAAGAGCUAAAUAAUAGCUUACAAAGAAUAUUGACUUGGGAGCUCUCACACUUGGAAGGCAGCCUUAUGUAGUUUAUUAUAUCUAAAUCAUAGGUGGUAUGUGAUCUAAUGAAUUAAUGAGGUCUGAGUCGGAUCAAAUUCGCCUUCCAGAGUUACGUUUAUUUAACAUGCUUUAACCCAGAAAAUGAAUAUUUGUCAGUGAGCACCAAACAGCCGUGCGCCGCAGUGCUUGAGCGAGUCAGGUCCUGAGGCCACUCUGGCUAUCCUCCUUACAAUUCAUGUGAAAUACCUACUGCAGGACAAAGCAUCUGAUGGUUUGGAGGAUGUUUCUGUAGUCCUAGGAAUCCACAGUGAAUUCGAGUCUAGACUCAGUCAUUUUUCAGGGUCAGGGGAGGAGGGAGAAGUAGCAAAUCAGAUAUGCCCAAAACGUUACAGAGGUAACAGUGAAUCCAGGAUGCUGCUGUCAGCCUGUGCAUUGUGAAGAAGGCAAUCAUAGCUGAGCAGCCGCGGAAGCAGGAGCAGCAGCGUGCUAAGAAGCAGUCACAUAAACAGCAGCAGGAGUAGGCCUCCUCCUUUUUAAAAGCAGAAUACUGCAGGGUCGUGAAAUGCAAGAUUCUCAGAUGUUUGAAAAUCUCCCGAGUUGAGAAUGGCUACUGUAAAAGCGUCACCAAGAAACUCUGAUGAUCUGGACAGUCCUAACUCUGUGUUAGCAAUACUUACUUCUGGAAAAUUAAUGCUACUUCUUGUAGAUUUUUGCAAAUAGGAAACCCCCUUGAAGAAGAUCUCAAAUUACGCCCCCCACCCCCAAAAAAAAGACAAAACAGGGGAGAACAAAGUUUUGGCAUGCCUGCAGGAACGGUGGCUUUUUUAGAAACUACCUAGGAGGCAGAAGCUAAGCGAUUUGCUCAUGCCUCUUACCUGGGAGUAGAAGGUGGGAAGAAAUGGACCGAGGCUGUGACGAGAAGACAAGGCACAGUGCAGCUUGGUGAAGCCACACGCUGACUGCGUUCUGCCCCCUCUUCAUGCAGUGCUGCGGGCUGGUGCAUCGCCGGCGAGUACGGGUGUCCUAUGGUUCGGCAGACUCCUACACUAGCCGUCCAUCCGAUUCCGAUGUAUCUCUGGAGGAGGACCGGGAAGCAGUGCGCAGAGAAGCGGAGCGGCAGGCCCAGGCACAGUUGGAAAAAGCAAAGACAAAGCCCGUGGCAUUUGCGGUUCGGACAAAUGUCAGCUACAGUGCGGCCCAUGAAGAUGAUGUUCCAGUGCCUGGCAUGGCCAUCUCAUUCGAAGCAAAAGAUUUUCUGCAUGUUAAGGAAAAAUUUAACAAUGACUGGUGGAUAGGGAGACUGGUAAAAGAAGGCUGUGAAAUCGGAUUCAUUCCAAGCCCAGUAAAACUAGAAAAUAUGAGGCUGCAGCAUGAACAGAGAGCCAAGCAAGGGAAAUUCUACUCCAGUAAAUCAGGAGGAAAUUCAUCAUCCAGUUUGGGUGACAUAGUACCUAGUUCCAGAAAAUCAACACCUCCAUCGUCUGCUAAGCAGAAGCAGAAAUCGACAGAGCACACUCCUCCAUAUGAUGUGGUACCUUCCAUGCGACCAGUGGUCCUAGUAGGCCCUUCUCUGAAGGGCUAUGAGGUCACAGAUAUGAUGCAAAAAGCGCUGUUUGAUUUUUUAAAACACAGAUUUGAAGGGCGGAUAUCCAUCACAAGGGUCACCGCUGACAUCUCGCUUGCCAAACGCUCAGUAUUAAACAAUCCCAGUAAGCACGCAAUAAUAGAAAGAUCCAACACAAGGUCAAGCUUAGCGGAAGUUCAGAGUGAAAUUGAAAGGAUUUUUGAACUUGCAAGAACAUUGCAAUUGGUGGUCCUUGAUGCAGAUACGAUUAAUCAUCCAGCUCAACUCAGUAAAACCUCCUUGGCCCCUAUUAUAGUAUAUGUAAAGAUUUCUUCUCCUAAGGUUUUACAAAGGUUAAUAAAAUCUCGAGGGAAAUCUCAAGCUAAACACCUCAACGUCCAGAUGGUAGCAGCUGAUAAACUGGCUCAGUGUCCUCCAGAGUUGUUCGAUGUGAUCUUGGAUGAGAACCAGCUUGAGGAUGCCUGUGAGCACCUUGCCGACUAUCUGGAGGCCUACUGGAAGGCCACCCAUCCUCCCAGCAGCAGCCUCCCCAACCCUCUCCUUAGCCGUACAUUAGCCACUUCAAGUCUGCCUCUUAGCCCCACUCUAGCCUCUAAUUCACAGGGUUCUCAAGGUGAUCAAAGGACUGAUCGCUCCGCUCCUAUCCGUUCUGCUUCCCAAGCUGAAGACGAACCUAGUGUGGAACCAGUCAAAAAAUCCCAGCACCGCUCUUCCUCCUCAGCCCCACACCACAACCAUCGCGGUGGGACAAGUCGCGGCCUCUCCAGGCAAGAGACAUUUGACUCGGAAACCCAGGAGAGUCGAGACUCUGCCUACAUAGAGCCAAAGGAAGAUUAUUCCCAUGACCACGUGGACCACUAUGCCUCACACCGUGACCACAACCACAGAGACGAGACCCACGGGAGCAGUGACCACAGACACCGGGAGUCUCGGCACCGUUCCCGAGACGUGGAUCGAGAGCAGGACCACAAUGAGUGCAACAAACAGCGCAGCCGUCAUAAAUCUAAGGAUCGCUACUGUGAAAAGGAUGGAGAAGUGAUAUCCAAAAAACGGAAUGAGGCUGGGGAGUGGAACAGGGAUGUUUACAUCCGCCAAUGACUUUUGCCCUUUUGUGUUUUUUUGUUUUUGUUUUUGAAGUCUUGUAUAACAGCAUCCCCAAAACAAAGCCUUUGGGGUCUACACUGCAAUCAUAUGUGAUCUGUCUUGUAAUAUUUUGUAUUGCUGUUGCUUAAAUAGCAAUAGCAUGAAUAGAGUAUUAAGAUACUUUUUCUUUUGUAAGUGCUACAUAAAUUGGCCUGGUAUGGCUGCAGUCCUCCGGUUGUAUACUGGACUCUUCAAAAACUGUUUUGGGUAGCUGCCACUUGAACAAAAUCUGUUGCCACCCAGGUGAUGUUGGUGUUUUAAGAAAUGUAGUUGAUGUAUCCAACAAGCCAGAAUCAGCACAGAUAAAAAGUGGAAUCUCUCGUUUCUCCAGAUUUUUAAUACGCAGGCACCUGAUUUGCAUAUUCAUUCAUGGACCACUGUUUCUUGCUUGUACCUCUGGCUGACUAAAUUUGGGGACAGAUUCAGUCUUGCCUUACACAAAGGGGAUCAUAAAGUUAGAAUCUAUUUUCUAUGUACUAGUACUGUGUACUGUAUAGACAGUUUGUAAAUGUUAUUUCUGCAAACACCUUCUUAUUAUAUUAUAUAUAUAUAUAUAUAUAAGUUUGAUCACACUAUUUUAGAGUCUUAAUGCCAAGUCAGCAGAUUUGCUUUAUGAAUUACAGGGACUAGAAAUGCCCACAUUCAGGAAAUUUGUAAUAACAUUGUCUAGACACCUAUCCUCAUUCUAGUAGAAAGAUUGUACAUACUGUAAAUAUGUGUGAUUGCUUGACUUGAAAAGGUUUGAAUUCUGAAUGUUAUACCAUCCUUGUAAGUUUGUAAUUUUCACCAUAAAUUAUGGUAAAUAUAAAACUCCAGAGGUUGUUCUACUCCAUACAGUUCACACUGAUUGUGACACAUUCUUAGUAGCUAGUGUCUGUUCUAGUCACUGCACUGGAGUCUAUGAGCCGGAACUCGCUAUAUGCACGUGUGUGUGUCCGUAUGUAAGAGUGUGCACGAGUGACUGAAUGGCUGAGAUGAAUUGAAAUGCUGAAGACUAGUGAAGAAACUAAAGACUGAUAUCGAGCAUUCUGCCCACCUGGCUCUGUAUUUAAUUGUGCUAUAUGUUGCUUUAAUAACCCAUUGAGCAGUCAGGGAAUGUGAGUAAGCUUGCUGCCAAAGGUAACUAGGAAAGCAUUCAUCUGCUGCCUCCUUGUUUUUGCUCGUAGAGAGUAAAAAUACAGGCAAUUUUACUGUGAGUGUUUCACUGGAAAUGUACAAUCUUUGUGUGUUAGAGUAUUUGUUUUAGUAAGAAAUGUUUACACAGCUUGUGGAAUUAUUUCGUGGGAAAAUAAAUUUUUAUAACUUCUCCCACUUCAUUUUCUAACCUUGCCUAUUGUUCCUGUUGUUUACCUCCCAGUUACCUACCAUUCCUCCCCACCACCGACUCCAGCAGGUUCACUGUCUGUCAGAACCCAGAAGUGCUUCUUAUAACCAAAGUUUCUGUUUUUCAGAAGUAAUCAGGGCAACAUGGGGUGACUUGAAGUGAAUAAAAUGUUUAGAAUAUUAUCCUACAUAAGACAUCUACACGGAAGGGGAACCUUGAAGACAUUAUCUCCAUGCCUCAAUUACACUGCUGUAAGAAGCUUACAAUGUCAUCAUGUUUAAGGCUAAGACCUUUUCCAUGUCUCGUGUUUAUUUUGUCCAGUUAUAACUGGAUGGUAAGACAGUAUUAAGAGUGCAAGUACCUGGUACUUGAAGUUUGUCCCAAUAAAAUGCCUGUGUUUAACUGCCUAACUUCAGAUCUACAUAUUCACUUAUAUAACAAAAUAAUCAGCCGGGCAUGGUGGCUCAUGCCUGUAAUCACAGCUCUUUGGGAAGCUGAGGCAGGUGGAUCACCUGAGGUCAGGAGUUCAAGAUCAGCCUGGCCAAUGUGGCGAAACCCCGUCUCUACCAAAAAUACAAAAAAUUAGCCAGGUAUGGUGGUGCACACCUGUAAUCCCAGCUACUCGGGAGGCUGAGGCAGGAGAAUUGCUUGAACCCAAGAGGUGGAGGCUGCAGUGAGCCAAGAUCGUGCCACUGUACUCCAGCCUGGGUGACAGAGUGAGACUCCAUCUCAAAAAACAAACAAACCUAAUCAGCAAAACUAUAGUUAUAAAAUCAAUUAUUUUGCUUCCUUGAUUAUUCCAAGUUCUUGCCAAAUAUUCUUAGACUUUUAUAAGUAAAACUGUUUUACAUUUAACACCUUAUUUCCUUAUCCCCAAGAAAACUCAGUAUUAAAAAAUGAUUAAGCUGGCAUGGUGGAAUGUACCUGUAGACCCAGGACUUGGGAGGCUGAGACAGGAGGAUCCCUUGAGCCCAGGAGGUUGAGGUUGCAGUGAGCCGUGACUGUACCACUGCACUCUAUCCUGGUGACAACCUGGUGUCUAAAAAACGAAAAUAAAAAUUAGUUACAUAUAUAAUGUUUUAUCAGCUUAUAUAUGAAAAAUUUCCCUCAAUUUGUUAAUUAGCUCUAUACUGUUUACAUGAAUUUAUUUUACCGAGUAUAAAAACAGUAGUCAUAAUAAACUUGACAAUUCUUACAUUGUCCUACCAGUAGGAAACCAUAUUCUAAUUAAAAUUGCUUUUAUAAAGUAUUUCUGAUAAAACUUUUGUCAUGGUAAGAGAUUCACAAUUACUAGGUUCAAUCCUUUACUAUUUCAUCCCAAUUAAUUAUUUUGGAAUAUUUAAAUUAUUGAAACACAGCUAGUAUUUAUCUUACUUGCUGCUAUCAUUAAUCCCUUUCAAAAAGUAGUGGUUAGAGUUGCCAUCUUUUUAAUUUUGUAUCUAGAUUCUUAGCUUGCACUUUACUGUGGAAUGUAUGAGUGCAAAUUAGAAUAUUCCUCAAAAAACUAGCUUGAAGGAUUUGACAUAAGAGCAUCUAUAUGUGAAAAACUGUAUAGUGGACAUAUGUGUAAACUGUGUAGUAAAUCUGUAAAUGAGGAAAUAAUCCCAAUGGUAAUGCGAUAUUUACUGACCUGUGGAAUGUAUAUAGUCUUUUCACACAACAAAGGCUUAAUCUUAACCCACUCAGCUGUAGAACCAUGAUUUUUGUAGUCAACCUAGAAAAUGCUGGAAAUGUAUUUAAUAGUUUUUUUUUUUGGUCAUACCCAUUUCAGUCUUUCCUAUGCUCUUUCUCUACUGCUCAUUUAAGUUACUGUUACAAAAAGGUGCUGCUAAAUGUAGGAUGUCUUAGUCAUGUUGUACUUUGGGACAAUGCCACAUUUUUAACAUGGUCUGCUAUGCAUUCCUGUUCAACAUUCACUGUCAGCUACACUGAACUGUCUAACAAACCUGGUUUAAAGUAAUUCAUAUAAAACAAAUAAAGAGCUGGCUUCUGCACUGUU